AUGAAGUUUGGGAAAGAGUUUUCGUCUCAGAUGGUGCCAGAGUGGCAACUAGCUUACAUGGAUUACGAUUUUCUCAAAAGCCGUCUCAAAGAGAUCAUCCGAUUCAACCUCAGAACCAGCAAUGCACCUACUCGUGGCGGCUCCAGGAACCAUCACGACGGAGGGUUACACCGGAAAAUGACUCUCUACCGUGCGUUUAGCGGUUUGGUCUCAACGCCGGGGAGACAGAGACGCACUACUAGUCCUCACGACGUCGAAGAAGGUGUACAAUUGACGACGGCGACGACGUCUCCGGGGCCGAUUCUGGUGAACACCAAGGCGGAUGGCGGUAUCGAUACUACGUUUAUGAUGGCGGCGGAGGAAGGAGGAGAGUACGAGCUGGUGUUUUUCCGGCGACUGGACGACGAAUUCAACAAGGUCGGGAAGUUUUACAGAGAGAAAGUGGAGGAAGUGAUGAAAGAAGCGGCGGUGCUUAACAAACAGAUGGACGCUUUGAUUGCGUUUCGUUUCAAAGUUGAGAAUCCAGAAGGUUGGGGUUGGGAGGAACGGACGGCUGAGAUCACUCGGUUGGCUUCCGAUAUAGCUACCUCCGCCGCCGCUCUCUCCGCUUCUACUCCCGCCGGAGCUAAAUCCAUGAAGGUUCGGAGUCAGGCACAUAUGGAGGCAAUACAGGAAGGAGGCUCGAGCAGAGCUGGGCAAAUAGAAGAUGAUGAGGAAGAAGAAGAAGAAGAUAAGGGAGCUGACGGACCGGUCGAUGACGUGUAUACGAGAAGGAUGAGAGGAGCGAGACCAGCUCCGGUCGAUGUUCUGGAUCGAGUGAGGAUCAACAACACGAAAGAGACGCCUCGUUCCACCAUUAAAGGAGUUCUCAAUGUGUCGAAGCAGACUGAGCUAAAAUUCAGCAGAGAUAACUUAGCGAAAGUCGAGGAGAGGCUCAGGCGCGCUUUCAUCGAGUUUUAUCAGAAGCUUCGGCUUCUCAAGAGCUACAGUUUUUUGAAUGUAUUGGCGUUCUCGAAGAUAUUGAAGAAGUAUGAUAAGAUAACUUCGAGGGAAGCAACGAAGCUUUACAUGAAAGUGGUUGAUAAAUCUUUUCUGGGAAGCUCUGAUGAGGUUAUAAGACUAAUGGAGCGCGUUGAAGCUACAUUCAUAAAGCAUUUUACAAAUGCUAAUCGAGCAAAAGGAAUGAACAUUUUACGGCCUAAAGCGAAACGAGAGAGACAUAGAACUACAUUCUCCACAGGUUUUUCGGCUGGAUGCGUUUUCUCUCUAAUAGUGGCUCUUGUGGCAAUCAUACGCACCAGGAACCUCUUGCAGGAGGAAGGCCAGAAGCAAUACAUGAUUACUAUGUUCCCGCUUUAUAGCUUGUUCGGGUUUAUCGUGCUGCACAUAAUAAUGUAUGCUGCUAAUAUAUACUACUGGAGGCGAUACGGUGUAAACUAUUCCUUCAUAUUUGGGUUCAAGCAAGGAACUGAACUUGGAUACAGACAAGUCCUGCUUGUUGGUUUCAGCGUCGGAGUCUUUGCAUUGCUUUGUGUUCUUGCCAAUCUUGACAUGGAGGCAGAUCCCAAAACGAAAGCCUAUCAAGAAUUCACUGAACUUCUUCCUCUUAUCCUACUUUCUGUUUUGUUUGUGGUUCUUGUCCUGCCUUUCAACUUCUUUUACCGCUCGAGUCGCUUUUUCUUCCUCACUUGCCUGUUUCACUGCCUCGCCGCUCCUCUUUACAAGGUGACACUACCUGAUUUCUUCUUGGGAGAUCAGUUAACUAGCCAGGUUCAAGCACUUAGAAGCAUCGAGUUUUACAUCUGUUACUAUGGUUGGGGGGACUUCAGACACAGAAAGAACACUUGUAAUCAGUCUCCUGUCUACAACACUUUCUUCUUCAUUGUUGCUGUCAUUCCUUAUGUCUCUCGCCUCCUUCAGUGCCUGCGACGGCUAUUCGAGGAGAAAAACCCGGAACAAGGGUACAACGGGCUCAAGUACUUUUUGACUAUAGUGGCGGUUUGCUUGAGAACGGCUUACAGCAUCCAGAAAGAUCAAGUCGCUUGGAGGGUUUUAGCUGCUGUCUUCUCAGUUAUAGCUGCAAUCUUCUGUACUUACUGGGACUUUGUCCAUGAUUGGGGCCUUCUUAACCGGACUUCCAAAAACCGCUGGCUUCGGGAUAAGCUCCUUGUUCCUCAAAAGAAAGUCUACUUCAUCGCUAUGAUUUUGAAUGUCCUGCUGAGAUUUGCGUGGAUCCAGACGGUUCUGGAUUUCAAAUUCUCCUUCAUGCAUAGACAGACGAUGGUUACCCUUGUCGCUAGUCUUGAGAUCAUCCGUCGUGGCAUCUGGAAUUUCUUCAGAUUAGAGAACGAGCAUUUGAACAAUGUUGGGAAAUACAGAGCUUUCAAGUCCGUUCCACUACCGUUCAACUACGAUGAAGAUGACGACAAAGACGAUUAG